GUGUUUGACGAUGCUGACGAGUUAAAAGAAAAGGUCAAGCACCUCGCCGAGGCGUUCAGGGAAGCAAAGCACCUGGUGGUUUACACUGGAGCUGGUAUCAGCACGGCAGCUUCCAUCCCAGAUUACAGAGGUCCGAAUGGGGUGUGGACCCAGCUGCAGAAGGGAAGGACCGUAAGCUCCUCAGACUUGAGUAAAGCUGAACCAACACUCACACACAUGGCCAUCAGAACGCUACAAAAGGAGAAACUGGUGAAGCACGUUGUGUCACAAAACUGUGAUGGACUUCACCUGCGAAGUGGUUUACCUAGACAUGCCCUGUCUGAGCUCCAUGGAAACAUGUUCAUUGAGGUGUGCACAACUUGUUCACCGGUCAGGGAGUUUGUGCGUUUGUUUGACGUGACGGAACGGACAUCGCUGCACCGCCACGCCACGGGACGCAGAUGCAGCCACUGCGGGGCCGAACUGAGGGACACAAUAGUGCACUUUGGGGAACGUGGGACCUUGGAGCAACCUCUGAACUGGAAGGGAGCAGCAGAGGCUGCUGACGAGGCAGACGUUAUACUCUGCUUAGGCUCCAGUCUGAAGGUGCUGAAGAAGUAUGCUUGUCUGUGGUCCAUGAACAGACCUGCCAAUAAAAGGCCCAAACUCUACAUCGUUAACCUCCAGUGGACCCCAAAAGAUGAUCUGGCUGCGCUGAAAAUUCAUGGCAGAUGCGAUGAUGUCAUCAGUCUCCUUAUGGAGGAGCUGAAGCUUCAGAUUCCUGAUUAUGAAAGGGCCCAGGACCCAAUCUUCUCUUUAGCAACUCCUCUUCGUCCAGAAGAGGUCAACAGUCACACUCGUGAGGUCCUGGUUUCCCCCGAGGGGCAGGAGGACGUCUCAGCGGAGACAUCCGAGCAGCUGGAGGAAGCCACGUCUGUGCAGGGGGGCUGGUUCGGUCGAGGCUACAGCAAAGGAAGGAGGAGAAAGGGAAAAAAGCUGUAUAACUGAGGGAACUUUAUGGGCUGCACGCCUUGUGGUCCGGUGCUAGUAAUGAUCUGUCUCUGCGAUGGAUUUAAAUUCCUGUCCCACGAUGUGGACAACUUCAUCUUUAGGACUCUGCUGAUGUCUGCUUGCCGUCGUUGAUAUUAUCGAGUCACAUGCAGUAUUUGUAAGAGGCGAGGAUAUGUGGUCGUUUGCAGAAAGCUCUUUGCACCAUCACGUUGUACUGUAUACACUCUGUCAUAGCAGCAGGAUUUAAAAGUGUGGUGUUGUAUGAUUUAUUAUAUUCACUAUGGCAGCUAAACUAACUGAAUUCAGCUAAUGAAGGGUUACAAAUCAAUGAGGUUACUGUCAGAAAAUGUUACUGCAAACUGAUUUAACAAAUCCUAAAAUAGUGAUAAACAGGUUUCCAGGUUUUCCUGAAGGCUUAGUCCAAAUAAAAGCUUUGAAAGCACUCCUACAGGUUUCCUUUCAGCUGUUUGUUUACUCAGAUGACUUUCACCAAUCAGUGUUUUACAGCCUUUAUGGGAGCCUGUGUAAAAAUGAUUUUAUUUCAUUAAGUGAACAUUCUGCUGGCUUGAGCUUUAGUUGAUGUAGAUGUUUCUUGAUAUUUGAAAGGUAAAUCACUUUGUCUGUGCUUAUUAACAGCUGUGUUUCUGAGAAUAUUUUUGUUCAAAGAAAAACAAGCAGAUUUUUUGUUUUAUCUAUUUAAAAUUGCCGCAAAGCAGUAGAAGCAUACCAGUACAUAUUUUUGAGUUGUGGUUUAUAAAUGCAUUUUAAUGCAUUUUCUACAUGUAUUGCUCAAAGUAUAUUUUUGUAAAAAAUUUUUAGGUCUUUUUGAUUUAACUACAGUAUAUUAAUGUGUAAGCUCAGUCUUAUUUCAUCCUCAGGUACUUUGGUGAUGAUGUUGCCUUUUGGUUUAUUGAAGUUAUUUUUCCAGAUUUUCCUCCCAUUUGUUUACAGCCGUGUAAGAAAAUGCAGGUAGUGUUUUUAUUUUGGCAUUAUUAAUUUUCUUAGUUUGUGUUUAUAUCAAGUAGCUUGUUACUGUGAUUAAAAGAACAAAACAGUAAUUAAUUUGUCUCAGGAAGAUCCUGUGAUUAUGUUAUUUACCAUCCAGUGUCAUAAUUUUAAAAUAAAUAAACCUGCCACGAUAAGAUUAUGUUAAGCAUUCCUGAACCAUUGAAAAGUUUUUGUAAAAUUGUGUUUGUGAGAAAAUAAAUGAUGAAUUGUCACAA